CAAGAAUUAAUUAGAGUUGCGCAAGAAGAAUGGGCAAAUUUAAAUAUAGAAUUAUUACAUUGUUUAAUUUUAAGUAUGCCUAAACGUAUUAAAGAUAUUAUUAAAGUUAAAGGUGGACACAUUAAAUACUAG